AUGGAUCAUCCAGUAAAGGAAAUCAGGACCGUCAUCCGGGACCUGGUUCAGGGCUCCCCGGAGAAGCAACAAAAUGCCCUCUAUUCCAACUUUGCCGAGGACGCCGCCUUCACCCACCCCUUCUGCCACGUCCCUUCUUUCGGCAACGUUCAGAUUCCCUUCCUCUUCCCCAUCAACUCGCGCUGGCUGAUCCUCAUGAUCUACCGCUGGUACCGCAUUCUCAGCCCCAACAUUGAGAUGGAAAUCGAGUCUUGUGUCCAAGACCAAAAAACCAACCUACUCUACGUCAAGAUGCGCCAGGACUUCCGCCUUUGGUUCGUGCCCUUCUACAACGCGCCCGUUGACUUCGUCGUCGUCCUCCGCCUCGAGACUCGCACCGUCGACGCCAACGGUAACCCGAUGCCCCGCGGCUACGGCGACUCCAACACGGUCGGCAGCCGCCAGCGCCAGUUCAUCGUCAGUCAGGAGGACCACUAUCAGAUCGGCGAGUGGCUCAAGUUUCUCGUUCCCUUUUUCGGUUACUGGGCCUGGCACGCCUGGACCCUUUUCGCGACAGUUCUGUGCGUGGUUGGCGCUUUCUUCGGGUAUCCUCUCACCCUCCUAUAUCAGCAGUUUGCUGGAAUCAGCAGCACCAACGGCAAUGGCAGCCUUCAGGAGAACAAGAGAGACUAG